UGAGGGUUCACGGAAGCUAUUUACCCAUUCAAUUAAUUCACGACCCAUACAUACAUACAUCGAUCCAUCUUCAAAAGAAGAACAAGAAUAAGAAGGAGAAGAAGAAUGAUCGUAGUUUGCUCAUCAGCUGUGCGGGCCGCUCCUCUCCUGUUCGCGUCUUGUGUUGUGUUGAGUUGAGUUGUUGCAUUUGAUGUGGCGGCAAUGGCAUGAUUGACAGCGUGUUUGCUUGUCUUUAAAUUUUGUUGACGGUGUCGAUGCCCGUCGCAGACUAUAUCAAUCCCUUGCCUUGCCUGCUGCCGUCACCAAGGUCCGUUCCAUGAAACAACAUUUCUCAAUCUCCUCCAAACCCUAAACCCGUUGAGGGCGCACGUGGCUGGCCGGAUAGAUAGGGUGCCUGAUUGGGGUAGGGUUUUUUCCGGCGCUAACGCACGCCAGCCAAGUCAUCAGUAGUCGUCGUCCUUGCUUGUAUGAAUGAAAUAACUACUUUCUCGAGCCGGUGGCAGAGCGGUGACCACGCCACUACCUCCCAUAGUCCCACUGCCAGAACCCCCUUCCUCGAGCUCAACAAAAAAAAAAAAAAAAAAAAAAUCAAUCAUGAAGAAUCCUGUGCCUGCUCUUUUCUCUAGAUUCGCCGACCUUCGCUUCAAACACCGUAUCACCCAUUUCGGGCUCCAAUACGAUCGCCCGCAUUCUUCUCUCUCCAGGUCUCCUGGUCUGCUUGAUCAUUAUAAAAAUCUCAUCAAUCUCGGGAAGUUGAAGCAUGAUCCUUUCCAAGAAGAAGUGGCUUCGGAACUUGAUAGUUUGCUUGGUAGGCUUGACCAAUAUGAGAAAGAUAUGAAGGACUACCAUGAAAAACUUUCCAAAUGGGAAGAAAGCAGGGAAAAUGAGAGACGUAGGCUUUUAAUGGAGGAGGCUAAGACAAAACAGGAGGGAGGUGGAUUAAUAGCUGUAAAGAAGCGUCAAAGUUUUUUUCAGAAGUGGAUUUUGCGAAAUCCUGACAAUAUUGAACCAGGCGUCGGGAAAUGGGUUUCAUACCUAAACAGAGAAAAGAAGCUAGAUUCAUCCGUUGGCCUGCGACCCAAAGCUCCUCCAGCCCCAAAAGGCUUAUACAUUUAUGGAAAUGUUGGAAGUGGGAAGACAAUGCUCAUGGAUAUGUUCUACACUGCCACAGAAGGAAUUGUUAAACAUCGAAAGAGGCUUCACUUUCAUGAGGCUAUGCUUCAAAUUCAUAGUCUCAUGCAUAAAACAUCGAAGAGAGAAGCAAUGGAGAAACCUUUCCAAUCUAGCAUAUCUGACUGGGUUAUGAAUCUUCCAUUUGAUACAACAAUCAAGGAAUGGCUAGUAGAAGAAGAAAAAUACAAGCAAGAGAUGCAGAUGAAAAAUAUUCUUCUAGCAGUUGCUGAUAAAUAUUUGGUUGACGGACAAGGGGAUGAGCAUCAAAGAGGAGCUGGUAUUCUGUGCUUUGAUGAAAUACAGACAGUUGAUGUUUUUGCUAUUGUUGCCUUAUCUGGAAUUAUAAGCAGAUUAUUGAGUACAGGAACAGUUCUUGUGGCUACCAGUAAUCGUGCACCAAGGGAUUUGAAUCAGGAUGGCAUGCAAAAGGAGAUAUUUCAAGAGCUUGUGGCUAGUAUGGAAAAGCACUGCAAAACAAUUCUGAUUGGAAGUGAAAUUGAUUACCGUCGUCACACAGCUACAAAUUCAGUUGAUCAGACUCAUUACUUUUGGCCAUUAGAAAGCACCAGAGUAAAGGAAUUUGAAAAUGCAUGGAACACAAUCGUGAGCGAGCAAGGAGGGAAGGUUACUUCUCAAACUCUAUCAGUGAUGUUUGGAAGAACAUUGGAAGUGUUUGAGAGCUGCAGCGGGGUGGCACGUUUCACAUUUGAAUUUCUCUGUGGUCAACCAGUUGGGGCAGCUGAUUAUAUUGCCAUUGCUAAAGCUUAUCACACAGUCUUCAUAUCUGAUAUUCCUGUUAUGAGUAUGCGUAUCAGGGACAAGGCUAGGAGAUUUAUCACUCUAGUUGAUGAAUUGUACAACCAUCAUUGCCAACUGUAUUGUGCUGCUGCUACUUCUAUUGAUGAUCUAUUUCAAGGAACUGACGAGGGAACUUUAUUUGAUCUAGAGAGCUUCCAGUUUGAAACUGAAACAGAGAACACUAAGCUCAGGCGAGAUGUUUUGGCAGAAGGCAAUGUGAGGUCAAGAGGAACAACCAAAGAAAUUAUUUCCCUGCAUUCUGGGCGAGAGGAGAUGUCUGCAUUUCGAAGAGCUGUUUCGCGCUUGAUUGAAAUGCAAACACCGUUGUACAUCGAGGCGGUUUAUCGGCUUCAUCCUUGUUUCCAGGAAAAAGGCAAGAUGAAGGCAUCCAAAAGCGUUGGAUGUUAAGAAAGAGUAUUAUACCACCUCAGAUCAGAAUGGAAGGUCGAUUGCAAUGAGCAGGUUUGUGGAUGAGAAAAUCAGUCGGAAGGGGAAGGGUGCAUGUGCGCUUGUGCAAGUUCUGGUGUUGAUCAUCACUAUGACAUUCUUGGAAAUGAUGCAGUUUGAAGCAGCGAUUUGUGGAGUAUAGACAACGCUGCGGCAAUGCAAAGGCAGGAACAUGUCAUAUAUACAUAUAUUUAUAUAUUUCAGGAUGUGUAUGACUCUGAUCGUGGUCUUACCUUUCGUCUCUCUGUUAUUUAAUUUAAUUAAUUUACUUGCGUAGUCGUCUCUGCGUACACGCACAUAUAGAGAGAGAGAGAUUAUUGCAGAACAACUGAAACUGCUGCCUAUUGCUGCUUCAUUAUCUUUCAUGUGUUACGAAGCAAGCAAGCGUGUUGGUGGACGACGAUGAGACGAGACGGCAGCCACCCAGAGACUGAGAAUGAAUGAGAACAACAACCAACAGUCCUGUCCAGUCCUGUCUGUAUCCUCAAAGCAAAGCAAAGGGUGGGUGGAUGGAUGGAUGGAUGCCCCCUCCUCAUUCAAGACACAAGACACGCAGCCAGAGGCAGAAAGACACAGUAAAUGGUGGUUCAAGUUCAACAUCAAUGUAUAGUAGUAUAUUACAAGCACAUCCACAGAAUCCAUCAGUCUCCAUGGGACAUGGCCCAAGGUAUGCAUGCAGCAGGGUCUGUGUUGCGGGUGCAGACACGGAGUGGAAGAGGCUGCCUGAACCUGAGCCUGAGCCAAAUAGAGAACUCAGCAGUCAAUAAUGCCACACCGCCCUCCUGAAGCUGCCUUCUUCUUUGUAGCACCCGCCGCCAUGAAGGGGUCAAUCCGAACCCAAAGCAGGGAGAAGAGGGAAGCGAGCAAGAUGGACCAGACAAUGACAAUUGUGGGGGUGCGGUUCUGCCGCCCCAGCAGACCCUUGAGGAAGGGGUAGAGAUGGACUAUAACCCAGAUCGCAAAGAACAGCUUCCCGAAUAGAGGGCCCCAAGACUGAUACCCGCUGUUGACCGCGUGUGAAACGCCAGCUACAAUCCCCACCACGUUCACCAUGAGCACGGUGGUCGGGGGAAUGAGGAGGGAUGUCCACUUGAACACAUAGAGCUCCGCAUACUCUCCAUCGUCGUCGGACGCCUUCGAUGUCACUGUGAAAUUGGUGUUGAUCCCGGCCAGCACUUUCAAGAGGCCUUGGAAUACAGCAAAGAGAUGCGCGGAUGUCCCCCCGAUGACCCAGAACUGCUCGUUCCUCCACCAGUCCUCCACACUCACGCCACUCCACCUCAUUUCCAGUAUCCCCGUUGCAAAAAUGGAUAUGAACAGAAGGAUGAACCACAUGCUCGCAAAGUUGCUUAUCUGCAAGAAGAUAAAGAGAAGAUUGCUUGUGACUAGCAGUCAGUAGAAUUUUGUAUGCUAUAGAUGUUAGCUAGCAGCUUCGCAUGUACCUCCGGAAUGAUGAAUUUGUUGGUGAGAAGACAGACGGCAGGAAGGAUACAGUACGCCAGCAACGGGAUAGAGGUGAGCGGAUAAACGAUGGUGUUGAUAUAUGCAAUCCUCUGCAGGAGCUGUAGCCUGCCAUUGUAGCCAUACCAAAUAGGGCAGUGCCUGCUAAGAAGGAUUUCGAUGGAUCCCAGGGCCCACCUAAGGACCUGGUUCAAACGAUCUGAAAGGUUAAUAGGGGCAGAUCCCUUGAACGCUGGACGCGGAGGCACGCAGUAGAUGGAAAUCCACCCCCGUGCAUGCAUCUUGAAUCCCGUUAGAAUGUCUUCGGUGACAGAGCCGUAGAUCCACCCAAUCUGGACCAAAGAAACAGCACACAGAUAAUGAAGAUUCGCAGCUCUAACUAAUUGCAUAAUACGAGAGCGUAGCGGGAUUUGUUGAUGGUGGGAUGCCUCCCAUCUCCAUGAAAGUGGCUGCAAUGAAGACCGGAGAUUGACCAAAGCGCUUUUCCAAGCUCUUCUGAGACAUAAGAAGCGCCUCCUGAUCUUCAUCAUAUCCUGUCGUGAACCAUGCGAGUAUGCAAUUGCAUUGUAUGAGUCAUGACAACAGCCAAACCAGCAGAAUUUGAUAUAGAAAAGAGAGCUAUGAAGAAUGCAAGAGCAAGUUUUCUCUCGGAGAGCUAGAGGCAAGAACAGGUCGGAAUUUUCAAAGCAGCAGCGGAUAAAACUACCAUGUAACUGGCGUAUGACAAAAACAAUACCUUCCACACCCUCUUCAGUUCCCUCCGCGUUAAAGAUGGGUGUAGUUGAUCUCGCUGCUUUCUUCUUAUCGGUGUAUUUCUUAUUGGCACUUCUCCCCUUCUUCCUUGUACCACAGCAACUUUUACUAAUCAUGUUUGGCUGCAGAUCUUCUUCUGUUA